CCGCCCCUCCCUCCGCUUUUGCUAGCAUUAGCACGUUAGCUCUCAACAGCUGUCGGUGGCAGUCAGCCAGUUUUUACCGGGUGCUGCUUUCUUAAGAUCCGUAGUCCGCCCCCUCCCCACCCGCCAUCCAAGGAAGUCGUGCACUGCUUGGUUGGUUCCUGCCGCUUCGCUUCUCCGGCUAAUGUGUGAUCCAGUUGUUGCCGUCGUCACUGUCCAGACAAGGAAGAACCUGUGGGAUAUGGCCAGACCAGAGCAAGUCCUGGUGCUGGAACCGCAACACGAACUCAAAUUCAGAGGUCCCUUCACAGAUGUCGUCACUGCCACUCUGAAGCUGACCAACCCCACAGAUAGAAAUGUGUGCUUUAAAGUCAAGACCACCGCCCCUCGUAGAUACUGCGUGCGCCCAAACAGCGGCAUCAUUGAAGCCACGGCCUCCAUCAACGUUUCUGUCAUGUUGCAGCCUUUCGACUACGACCCCAACGAGAAGAGCAAACACAAAUUUAUGGUGCUGUCCAUGCUGGCUCCCUAUGACAUGACUGACAUGGAGGGUGUUUGGAAGGACGCCAAGCCAGAAGAGCUGAUGGAUUCCAAAUUGAGAUGUGCCUUUGAGAUGCCUCUAGAAAACGACAAAGCUCAUGAGCCUGAAAGCUACAACACUGUGGAUUCCUCUACCUCUUCUAUUCAGACGGACCAUGCCGCACCGCCAAAGUCAGCCAGCGCCUCGCUGGAUGAUGGAGAGGUGAAGAAGAUCAUGGAGGAGUGCAAGCGCCUGCAGAUGGAAGUGCACAGGCUACGGGAAGAGAACAAACAGAUCAGGGAGAAUGACGGGCUGCGGAAGAGGAAGGUGACCGCUGCGGCCACAACCGACUCCUCCUCCAUCAUGUCGGCCUUGUCCACGAGGGAUGAAGGCCUGAGCACCCGCGUGCUGGCGCUGUGCGUGCUCUUCUUUGUCAUCGGCGUCAUCAUCGGAAAGCUCGUUCUGUAGAUGCUCGGGCGGGCGGACAGACGGCACGGUGACGGACGGACGGUGGCCUGGAAGGACAUGUCAGUGACAGCAACAUGAGGAUGUCUUCAACUUUUCUCUCUCUCUCUCUCUUUCUUCUUAUUUUAUAACCUUUAAGGCGCGCUUAAAAAAAAAAGGUUUUGAAUGUGUUAAAAGAAAAAAGAAAAAAAAAAGAACCUUGAAUUUCUUUUUUUUUUUUUUUUUGUGAAAUAAUCACCACUCCGAUCCAGCGGCUCCGUCCAUCCCCGUCGACCCCAAACGAGCUUGCACAGGUAAAAGUUAGUGGUGACGUGGCUCAAGGCUUCCAUUGAUCAAGCUUCCUUCUGCGCGGUGUCACUUAACAAAACACAUCAUCUUUUCCUCUUAUUCCAAUAAUUCACACAGAGAAUGAACACUAGUGAUGUGCAGAUUUAUAUUGCGGGCAUAUGUAUGUCAAAUGUAUGUAAAGUGUGUGUGUGUGUGUUGAGGGUGAGCAUAAAAGACCACGUCUGGUUUCAGAUGCUGUCCAGUCUAAGCAAUUCCAACGACAACGUCCUAUUGUCGUGUGACUCAAAAAAAGAUUUAUUCGGUUGUACCCACACUGCACUUUUGCAAGUGAUGCCCCCCUCCCCAUCCCCCCUCCUCCACUAAGAACAGUGAACUUCAUGCAAAACAAAUGUGGACCUUUUCAAUAAUAAAAAAAAACACACCUAUAUGCAACCAUA